AUGCAUUGCAAUUUUUAUAAAUCGGGGCUUGUCCUGGGCCUCGCCACUUGUGGGCUCGGUCGGCUGGUAACAGUUCCAACUAUUCCUUUUGUCGAACGAAAUGAUACAUAUUCACUAUCCCAACUUACUGGCAUUGUCGUGGACGCCCGCUAUGCCGACGCUGUGGACAACCAAGGCCAGACAUCAAUACCGACGUUGCAGGAAUUUGCUGCAACGUUCCAAGACGAUCUCCGGUCUUCUCUAGGCAUUGACCUGCCGCUCAUCUCCGGCAGCGGACCUGGUAACCACAGUAUCUUCCUAACUCUCGUUAACAACACUGGCUUCCACGAUGUCGCAGGACGUUUUACCUCGGAGGCAUACGCCUUGGACGUCCACAGCAACGGGAUCACCAUCGCUGGAGCGAGUCCCUUAGGUGUCUGGUGGGGAUCGCGCUCGUUGAUCCAGGCUGCCGUCAUCAGUGACCACUCUCUUCCUCAGGGCUCGGCAGUCGAUGCCCCAGGAUGGGGCACUCGAGGCAUCAUGUUGGACGUCGGGCGUCACUACUACCCCCCCUACUUCUUGAUCGAGAUGUGUUCAUACCUCUCCUUCUUCAAACAAAACGUCUUCCAUCUCCACCUCAGCGACAACCUCUACAACAACGUCGACCUCUACUCCACCGAACAAUCCAUGAACCUGUAUGCCGCAUUCCGCCCCUGGUCCGACGAUCCCACCGUCGCAGGCCUCAACAAACGCGCCAACGAAUCCUACACCAGAACCCAAUUCGACCAUAUCCAACACCAAUGCGCCCAUCGCGGCGUGACCAUCAUCCCGGAGAUCGAAGCCCCGGGCCACGCCCUCUCUAUCGUGCAGUGGCGUCCAGAAUUAGGUCUCACCGACCUCAGCAUGCUCAACAUCAGCCAUCCCGACACUAUCCCCACGAUGAAAACCAUCUGGAAGACCUUCCUCCCUUGGUUCCACAGCAAAACCGUCCACCUCGGGGCAGACGAAUACUCCUCGUCCUACGUAUCCGACUACACCCACUUUGUCAACGAAAUGCACACCUACAUCGGCCAGGAAUCGACCAAAAACACCCGCAUCUGGGGCACAUUCACCCCCUCCGAAGGCGCCAACGUCUCCACCGCCGUCACCAUCCAACACUGGGAAUUCUUCGAAGAUAACCCCUACUUCGACUAUAUCAAAAACAACUACUCAGUCCUCAACUCCGACGACGCCUUUUACAUCGUGGGAAAGUGGUCCGGAAGCUACCCCCAACACUUGAACAAAACACGGGUCUUCCACGGUAAUCCAGCCAACCACGGACCCUACGCCCCUAACAUCUUCGACACCAACAACGCCACCAAUAAUCCUCCAAGAGAUAACCCCAACGUUCUCGGCCACCUUGCCGCCCUCUGGAACGAUUACGGGCCAAAUGCAACCACCUACCUCGAGGCAUACUACUCCUUCCGUAACGUCCUCCCCGCUCUCGCGGACAAACAAUGGGGCGGUGACCUCCUCGAAGCCGAAUACGACUACGUCUUUAACUCCCUCCACGCCACAAUCCCAGCCCAGAACCUCGACAGAUCUAUUCCCUCUACCUCAGAUCUCAUCUUCCAUUACCCUUGCACCACCACCAAUACAACUUCAACCCAGUGUUUAAUCCCCGACACCUCGGGAAACAACUACCACGCGCACCUCCACGGCGCUGGCUGCACCCUCACCAACCACACCCUCUUCCUCAAUGAAACCUGCCACCUCACCACCCCACUCCAGAGCAAAGGCCGAAACUAUACCCUCUCUUUCUCCAUAAACCCCUCCACUUCCCACCCAGGGAUCCUCUUCUCCGGUCUCGACUCCACCCUUCUCAACGGCAACGGAUCCAUAUCGAAUAUUACCCUAGUGAGCGGUGGGAACCCGUACUCGUUGAAUUAUAGUCUCCCUGUGGGAGUAUGGACGGAUGUAAAGUUGAUGGGAAGGGGGAAUCGGACACUACUUUCUGUGAAUGGGGGUAUGGAGAUGGAGUUUCUGGCGAGGUUGGGCGUUAAUGGUGAGAGAUUGGUUUGGGGGCCUAUUGCGGUGGAGGCGCCGUGGGGGAUGGGUUGUUUGUAG